GGUCUUCCUCACAGUUGUUGAAGCCGCUUCGUCACACUCCCUGAACCAUGGCUGUCGGGAAGAACAAGAGGAUCUCCAAGGGUCGUAAAGGAGGCAAGAAGAAGAUUGUUGAUCCUUUCUCCAAGAAGGAUUGGUAUGAUAUCAAGGCUCCCUCUAACUUCACUCACAGAAAUGUCGGAAAGACACUUGUUUCCAGAACUCAGGGUACCAAGAUUGCCUCCGAGGGAUUGAAACACAGGGUUUUUGAGGUUUCUCUUGCUGAUCUUCAAAGCGAUGAGGAUCAUGCUUACAGGAAGAUCCGUCUCAGAGCUGAAGAUGUUCAGGGCAGGAACGUGUUGACCCAGUUCUGGGGUAUGGACUUCACAACCGACAAGCUGAGGUCGUUGGUGAAGAAGUGGCAGACUUUGAUUGAAGCCCAUGUCGAUGUGAAGACCACAGACAGCUACACCUUGAGGAUGUUCUGCAUUGGUUUCACCAAGAGGCGUGCUAACCAGGUGAAGCGUACUUGCUAUGCUCAGUCCAGCCAAGUCCGCCAGAUUCGCAGAAAGAUGAGUGAGAUUAUGGUGAAGGAGGCUUCAUCAUGUGACCUUAAGGAGCUUGUGGCCAAGUUCAUCCCGGAGGCCAUUGGAAAGGAGAUUGAGAAGGCGACGCAGAACAUCUACCCAUUGCAGAAUGUGUUCAUCCGUAAAGUCAAGAUCCUCAAGGCUCCUAAGUUUGACCUUGGAAAGCUCAUGGAGGUUCAUGGUGACUACACAGCAGAGGAUGUUGGUGUGAAGGUAGACAGGCCAGCUGAUGAGACAGCUGAAGAACCAACUGAAAUCAUCGGAGCUUAGAAAACUAGUGUUAGGUCGCCAUUGUUGUGGAGUUUUUUUGUUAAGAGAGCUUCUACUUCUUUUUGUACUUCUUUUUGAUGGAUUAUUACUCUUGUUUAUCGUAAUUUUUAUAUUGUUUUCAUUCCUGGAUUUUCUUAAAAUAUUAAGAAGAAAGUUUA